AUGAAUAAUAAAUUAAGCUCACCUACCAUCUUUCUUUCUAGAGAAGCAUUAAUUAGUUAUUUACCAUGGGACGCCUUAAUCGAUGCGCUUAGGGACAUCUUCACAAAACCAGUCGAAUGUCCCCCCAGACUCCACUAUCCGAUUAAAAGCUCCGUGGAUGAAAAUGAAGUCCAUAAUACUCUGUUGAUUAUGCCUUGUUGGUCUCCUGGUGAGUACAUUGGCGUUAAACAGAAUCUUCCCAGCCUUUUCAGUCAUUACCUUUUAAGUGAUGCAAAUACUGGUACUCAUUUAGCUCAACUUGACGGAGGGGAACUCACGUCUCGAAGGACGGCUGCUGCCUCGGCGCUUGCAUCUACGUACUUAUCUAGGAAUGAUGCGGCUUCGCUAGUCAUUUUGGGAUCUGGAAAAGUUGCUAGAAGCCUUAUUUACGCACAUUGCUCUGUUCGCCCCAUUCAAACCAUUUCUAUUUGGAAUCAUCGAAAUGAGAAUGCUGUUGCUCUCAUUGAAUCAAUUUGUCAUGACUUUCCUUCUAUCCAGUUGCACGCUAUUCGUAAUGAAGAUUUGGAAGACGUCGUGAAAGUCUGCGAUAUCAUUUCUUGUGCAACGUUGAGUACAUCUCCUAUUGUGAAAGGCUCAUGGAUCCAACCCGGUACUCAUGUUGACCUAGUAGGUGGUUUUACUCCAAAUAUGCAUGAAGCUGACUCUGCUUGUGUUUCUAAAGCGAGUGUCUUUGUGGAUACAAGAGCCGGUGCACUAUCUGAAGCAGGUGAUCUGUUAACACCCGUGAAAGAGGGUGUAUUUUCCAUCGAUGAUGUGCAAGCUGAUUUAUUCGACUUAUGCAACAAGCAUCACAAGGGACGUGCUCACUUGACCGACCCUCGGAGUGCUAUAACCCUGUUCAAGUCUGUAGGAGACUCCAGGGAAGACCUUGCUGCAGCUUCUUUAGCUUAUAACACACACAUGAAUAGGAACUUAUAG